AUGAGCGAUAUCAAAAAUGAUCACGAAUAUGAUAAUGUUAAUCACUCAACAGGAUACUAUGACGAUUUGAAUUAUAUUACCGAAGAAUACUACGUGGAAAUCGUCACAUCAACAUGUCAUCUAUCUUUAACAGAUGUAGGUACAUCUAAUGGUGGUUUUGACUUAAGUAAUAGCUUAGAUAAAUUUGGUAUAAAUACACCAUUGAAAUAUUUAAAACCUGAUCCAACAUCAUCAUGUUUAGAAAAUGUAAAUGAUAUUUCAAAAGGAUACUUGACUGAUGUUGUUACGUCUGGACUCGGUCUCUCAGCAUCAGACAUAAGUUAUUCUAUUGGUAGGGUUGACCUAAAUGCUGGAUUAGUUGGGGUUGAUAUAAUUGCACCAUUGGGAAAUUUUAAAUUGGAUCCAAACGCAGCAUGUUUAGAAAAUGUAAGUGAUAUUGCAAAAGAAAACUUGACUACUACUGCUACGUCUACACUCGAAUUUGCGUCAACGGAUGUAAGUUACUCUAUUGAUGGAAUUAACUUAAAUGCUACGUUAGAUAGAGUUGACAUAAAUACACAAUUGGGAAACUUUAAACUUGAUCCAACAGCUUCAUGCUUGGAAGAUGUAAAUAAUAUUGCAAAAGAAUACUUGACUGAUACUGCUAAGUCUAUACUUGGCCUAUCGUCACCAGAUGUAAGCAAUUCUAUUGGUGGAGUUGACUUAAAUGCUGGAUUAGAUAGAAUUGAUAUAAAUACACCAUUGGAAAAUAUUAAAAUCAAUUCAACAGCAUCAUGUUUAGAAAAUGUAAAUAAUAUUGCAAAGGGAUACUUGAUUGAUUAUGUUAAGCCUACACUUGAUCUCUCGUCACCAGAUGUAAGUUAUUCUAUUGGUGGGGUUGAUAUAAAUGCUGGAUUACAUGGAAUUGAUAUAAAUACACCAUUGGGAAAUAUUAAAAUCGAUCCAACAGCAUCAUGUUUAGAAAAUGUCAAUAAUAUUGCAAAAGGAUACUUGACUGAUGCCGUUACGUCUGCAAUCGGCCCAUCGUCACUAAAUGAAAGUUAUUCUAUUGGUGGAGUUGACUUAAAUGCUGAAUUAGACGGAGUCGGUAUAGAUACACCAUUGGGGAAUAUUAAAAUCGAUCCAACAGCAUCAUGUACUGAAAAUAUAACAAAUGCUGUAACAGGACUCUUGGCUGAUAGUGUUAAUCAAGAAAUUGAUCAAUUUUGUUCUGGUUUCAAUAAUACCGCACGUAUACAGACAGAUGGCUCAGUUUAUUCUGAUGGUACAACUUCUCUUUUAGCAUGCCAAGUUAAUGCUGGUGCAACCAUUGAAAGAGAUGGCCUUAAAGCGAAUGCUCAAGCAGAUGGAUCUCUUUCUAAACACAAAUUAGGAGAUGCUGAUAUUAGCGUUGGUCACGGACAAGCUUAUGCGAAAGCAUCCGUAGGAGCUGAUGGAGUAAAGGUUGUGGCUGGUGGAGAAAUAAAUGCUGUGACUUUAGAGCAUAAAAAUGUUCAAGCAAAAAUUGGAUUGAGUGCUAAAACUGGGGUUGAAGUAUCCACAACGAAUAUUAGUGGAACUGUUCUUGGACUUGGACUGAAUGUUGGGACAGACGGGGUUGGUAUAAGUACACCUAUUGGAAGUAUAAACUCAAAAUUUUGGUAA